AUGUUGGAUGCGGCGCGAAGAGUCCCGGAGAAGAUGGAGUGGGCCGCCGCGAAGGAUGCCCUGAUUGCGGGUUUUGAGACCCCAUCCGACCGCCAGAGGGCGUUGCGGAGCUUCCAGACGGCGCAGACCGAAGUUGGCGUGAACUCUUUGUCGCAUGCCGUGGCCCUGCGUGCCCUGUUGGAUCGAGUGCUGCCAUCUUUGAACGACGCUGCUCGCUCGGAAUUAUUGCUGGAGCGUUCCGUGGAGAGUCUGUCGGACAAUCUGCGGGAAAAGGCGCGAAUGAUCCAAGCGGGACGCGCCAUGGAUGAAUUCACCCUGGCUGAAGCCGUGAGACAGUUAACCAAUCAUGAAGUUUCGGCUCUACAAACUCACGAAGUCCCGAAAAGUCAGCCGCUAGAGGAUGUUGCGGAAGCCCUGAAAAAGCUGACAGAAGAAGUGGCAGCACUAAAGUCAAACUGA